AUGAAGACCUCUCUGAUUCUCGCCGCCUCUGGCGCUCUCAUGGCCUCGGCCAGUCCCGUCCUCCAGGACAGACGCCUCCACAUCACCACCAAGGUUGUCGAGGAGUGGGUUACCGUUACCGUUACUGCCGGAGACGUGCCUUUUGCUACCGCGAACGCCUUUCACCAGCACGGCCCCGGCCGCCCGAUGUAUACUGCCCCUGCGCGUCCCCAGAAACCUUCCACGACCGCGGUCCAGCCGACUAGCCAGGCUCCCGCUCCCGUGCCGACCCCUUCUUCCAGCAGCAUUGUCGUCGUUGCCCCGCCCCCUGCUCCGGAGACUACCUCGUCUACCGACAUCAUUGUUCCGGUUAGCUCUAGCACCAAGCAGCCCGAGCCGACUACUGCGCCUGCCGUCGUUGCUGCACCUCCUGCUGCCACCAGCACCAAGCAGCCCGAGCCAACUACUGCGCCUGUCGUCGUUGCUGCACCUCCUGCUGCCACCAGCACCAAGCAGGAACCUGCUACUACCAAGGUCGACUCUCCCGCGGCCCCUAGCGCCAGCGACUAUGCCAGCACGCUUCUCUAUCACCACAAUAUCCACCGCAGCAACCACUCUGCUGGCGCUUUGGAGUGGGGUGACUCCUAUGCCCAGUAUGCUCAGCAGGCUGCGGCUCCCUGCAAGUUCCAACACGACCUGACUCCCGGCGGUGGUGGUUACGGUCAAAACAUUGCCAUGUGGGGCUCUACCAACCAGCAGACCGUCCAAGAUGUUGGCGCUGCCAAAGCCGGUGCUCAGGCCACAACUAACAUGUGGUAUAAUGGGGAGCUUUCCCUUUGGCCUGCCUCCGACUAUGGCAAGGAGAACCCGGACAUGACUAAGUUCGAGGACUGGGGCCAUUUCUCCCAGCUUGUUUGGAAGGAGUCCAAGCAACUUGGCUGCCAUACGCAGUUCUGUCCUCAGGGUACCAUGAGCCAGCAGAUGGACGUCUGGUACACUGUCUGCAACUAUUAUCCUGCCGGCAACAUGGGCGGUGGCUACGGCAAGAACGUUGCGCCUCCUCUCAGCCAGGCUCGCGUUGUUGCUUAA